UGUGUUAGGGUUUCCAGAAUUCCCCAAUUUAGGAAUGAAUCGUUUGUACAAUUGAAGACGGUGGCCAGUUUUCUACUUCCCAGAGUCUUCAACUUCAAACCCAUUUCCAGUUUCAAGCUAAAGACGAGAAAAGGGUUCUUCUUCAACAGUGUGAAGAAAAUGAAUGGCAGAAAAAGAGCAGCGGUUAAAGCUUCGAGCAGCAGCAUCCCAUGCGUAAAUCAAGAAUCACCCAUUCUUCCUUUCAGGAUUCUUCAACUCCCGCGCCGUACAAUCUACGAAAUCCUCGCGAGGCUCCCAAUCAAAACCCUCUUCCAAUGCAGGUCCGUUUGCAAGAGGUUCCUUCGUUUCAUCUCAGAUCCUGAAUUCGCAAAGCUUCAACUUUCGAAAUCUCAAGUUUGCAUCUUAAUCAAGACUCUGCCGCUCCAGAAUGCUUCCAAAAGGCUCCAGAUAGCUCACGUUGAGUCCAGUGGUUCAAAUUUCCAGGUCUCGAAACUCAACUUUACCCCCAAAUCGAAUCUCCCCACUAUCGAAAUCUCUCAUAUGAAUGCUUGCAAUGGUUUACUUUGUUUAGUUGGAUCUGAGAAAGAUUAUAACUUCUAUGUUUGUAACCCGAUUUUGGGCGAAUUCAUCACAAUUCAACCACCUUAUAAGGAUAGACAACGAGGUAGCUUUUGGGGGCUUGGUUUUUCAACUAUGAUGGAUCAAUACAAAGUUUUGCAAAGCUAUUAUCCUGUAGUUGAAUCGAAUAAUCGAUAUGUAACCGCUGAGAUUUACACCAUUGGAACUGGUUCAUGGAGGAGCAUUGGAAAUGCACCAAUUGAUACUGUUGCUUUGCCAUUCAAUGCUUUCUUGAAUGAUACUCUUCACUGGUUUCCUUGUACUCCUAAUGGUAGUGAAUUCAUUCAUACUUUUGACUUCAAUUCUGAGAGGUUUGGGACACUACCGCCACCCAAUCAUUUCCGUGAAGAUGAUAAGAAAUUCACAAAUCAUUCAAGGAUUGGCGUUCUAGAAGGGUGCCUGUUUAUGAUUUACUUCACGAAUUCGAAUCGGUUCGAUAUUUGGGUUAUGAAGGAAUAUGGUGUGAAGGAGACAUGGACCAAACAAUUUGUUGUUGAGAAUUUGUAUCCAAAACAAGGCAGCUGGGAUUUCUAUGAACCAAUGGUUGUUUUGAACAAUGGAGAGAUUUUGAUGUUGUACAAUAAUGAUGCAGUGGUUUGUUACAAUCAGAAGCGGAAAAAUUUUCGCGGAACUAAGUUUUUCCGGACUCGUUCACAGUUUGAUGCGACUGCUUACACCCCUUCAUUGGUUUCUCUUAACAAUGUUACGAAAGGAGAGCAAAUUUCUAGGAUGCAAGGCACCAAAGACUAUGACAAGCCCACCGAUUUCCAAGAUUGUGUUGAUUGUGGAGUGCAACUAGAUAACCCUAUCUGUAAUUUUCCGACUUUUGGGGUUGCCUAUGGUGAUGUAAAUUACCAUGCAGAUUUGUAUGGGAGAAACACCGAGAACAGAUGUGCAGCUUGUGCGGAUCGCCUAGUUACUUCGAUGAAAUCGUUUCUUACCUUGUGGAAUAUGUGAAGAAAUCAGUGAUCAAUGGAUGAGGAUCUGUUUCGACUUGUGGUGCCAACUUAAUCCUUGGAUGUUUCAUUAUCCAAUUCUGCUACUGAACUUUUAAGCAUUAUUUUCAGUUGUUUGCUCUGUUUUGCUUGUAAAUAUUUGAAACAUCUUCCUGUUUAACUAGGGAAAAUUAGUUUGCU